AUGAAUGCUGUUGUUUGUAAGGGGAAACUCAAGCUGAAUAAACUUUAUCUGCUAUCCAUUUCUGGUUCCCCUAGGACAGGAAUGAAGAAUAUUUGGUGUAAACUCUCAGUGCCCAAGUACAGGUUUAUACUGUGGCAAGCUUUUCAUCAGAAGCUUCUUACCAGAGACUUAUUGCAACACUGCAAUAUCCCUAUUAUCUCUCAAUGUUGCCCGGUUUGUGAGUCUGAUAUGGAGAGCCAUGCUCACCUAUUUUUUGACUGUUUGUUUUCUAGGAAAGUUCUUCAAUCGGUUGCUAAUUGGCUGGGAGAUCUAAUUUGGCCUGGGAAUUUUCAGAGUUGGUGUUGCUGGCUGGAAAAGCCCAGUAAGGAUGAUUUGUCUUGGGUAGUUGCAGCUACAUUGGCUGCUUCAGUGUAUUUCAUCUGGAAAAAUAGAAACAAGUGCUGGUUGGAAAAUUGCUGUUUUUCUGUGGCCCAUGUUGAUGUUCUUAUUAGAAAUUCAGUUAAAGAUAGAGUUAAUAACCUUAGUCGUAGGAGUAAAAAUCUGAAUUUGAGGGAGAAAUUGAUGAUACAUUUUUUCUCUAGAUUGUAA